AUGUCAGCCAACUUCACCUUCACCAUCCCUGACCUUUCCCCCGUUUGCUCCAACGGCUUGGCAUACAUCCCGUACACAGUUCCUGGCAUCCUCGCCCUCGGCCCCACGCGCGCGGAACGCGAUAUCCUUUAUAGUUGCUGCCACGUUCUGUCCACCAAGAUUUUCUCCAUCAACGACACGGCUUGCUUGCAGACAGCCGUCUGCACCGUCCAAGAGUGUAGCUUGGCAGACCCGAGCUUUGUAUGUGUUGCAACAAUGAGGAAGAGCUGGGGGGUGCAGGGCCUGUUUGGUUGCGGUGCUGGCAUGGAUAGGGAGAAUGCAGCGGUAAGAGGGAGUGUGGGAUUAAGAUGGAAGCCAGUGCUUGCUGCCUUGAUCAGCAUGGUAGCUGGAUUGGGUGUCUAA